UUCGUUCAUCCGGAAAGCCCGUGAACAGGCCCCGAGAAAGCCCGAAAAGGCUUCGAUUUUUCUCCAUUUUUUUCUCGGAUUUUGAUUUCUUUCAUUUGGGAAUUAGGGUUUCACGGAUGAUGAUGGCGAUGAAGGUUCCGGUGAGUGGGUUGGGCAUGGCUUCGCCUUCAUCUUUAUCUAUGGUGGUUCCUGGGAGGAGGGUUCUUGUUGCUAAUCCGGCCUCCAGGACCUCCUUCUUCAAUGGCGGAGUGGGAGCACUUAAAGCAGAGGGGCUGCGAAUGUCCAAGUCCAACAGACCAAGAUGCAGUGGGCGUGGUGGAGGGGCGCUUGGUGCCCAAAUGAAUCUAUUUGAUAGGCUAGCUAGGGUAAUCAAGUCAUAUGCAAAUGCAAUUCUUGGUACACUGGAAGACCCAGAAAAGAUCUUGGAGCAAGCUGUUGUUGAUAUGAACAAUGACUUAAUAAAGACUCGGCAGGCCACAGCGCAGGUGCUGGCAUCUCAAAAACGUUUGGAAAACAAAUAUAAGGCUGCCCAGCAGGCUUCUGAUGACUGGUACCGUAGAGCACAGCUUGCUCUUGCAAAAGGAGAUGAAGAUCUUGCUCGAGAGGCUCUGAAGAGGCGUAAAUCUUUUGCUGAUAAUGCUAGCUCCUUAAAAGCUCAGCUUGAUCAGCAGAAAGGGAUGGUGGAUAAUCUGGUAUCUAAUACUCGGCUCUUGGAGAGCAAGAUACAAGAGGCCAGGUCAAAGAAGGAUUCUCUUAAAGCUCGCGCACAGUCAGCAAAGACUGCGACAAAAGUGACUGAAAUGUUGGGAAAUGUCAAUACAAGUAGUGCUCUUGCAGCCUUUGAAAAGAUGGAGGAGAAGGUUAUGGCUUUGGAGUCCCAAGCAGAGGCCCUUACUCAGUUGAGCAUUGAUGAUCUGGAAGGAAAGUUUGCAAUUCUGGAGAACUCAUCAGUUGAUGAUGAUCUUGCACAGUUAAAAAGAGAACUUUCUGGGAGCCCAGUGAAAGGAGAGCUCCCAUCUGGUAGAACAAAAGCUAGCAGCUAUCCUUUACGCGACGUUGAGAUUGAGAACGAGCUCAAUGAAUUACGAAGAAGGGCCAGGGAAUACUAGAUUUGUUACCGGAGUUCGUUUCAAUGUUUCCAAAUCAAACACAAACCCGGAAAUUGUAACAAUUUUGAAGAAUGAAAUCACAAAUAACAUUAUUGAACCAAUGUACAGUAGGCAGUAAAUUCAUCUACUUCAAUCUUUAUUUGUCCAAAUGAGAAAGCUUGUUUUUUUUA